AUGUUUGAACCCACAAGCAGCAGACAUACCGCAUAUAUUUUAAGUUCAGCAUUAACCAAAUAUUGCGGCGUGCUUUCGGGCAUCAACUUCGACAACAAGUCCGGACAUAUGAAGAGCACGAGAAGUCUUUGUGAUUAUGAUGAUUGGCUUGCACUGAAUGAUGAUCGUCUAAUACCAGGGAAUGAAGAUUGGCUUGCACUAAAUGAUGAUCGUCUAAUACCAGAGGCAUCUAAGUCAACUCCAUGUGAUCUCUCAUCUCAUGGUGCCCAUCAUUUUAUCAAUGAUUUCUCUAGCAAAGGGAUUUGA